CAUCACGGCCUAAGCACCGCUGAUGUGAUGAUGGUCAUUAAAUACCCCGCCCGUGGUGGCCCCGGAUGCACGUGAGGGAAAAGCAGGCCGUGCACCUCAUCUCUAAGGCUGUGGAACCCCGACUGUGGAGGCCUUUCUUAAAGCGCAGCGCCAGACCCAGCCCGACCCGCUUCUCCCUGGAGUCAGUCACCCCCGCGGCGGGGUCAAGGCCACCGGGUUUCCGCAACGUCCUAGCAGUGCGAAUGCGGAGCUUGGCGGUUAUCCACCCCCGCACCCCACCCCUCCCCCUCAGUGGAGGCCUGGCAGCCAGGCACAACUGGCCGUUUUAGAGAGUGGGUUAGGACUAUGAACUUCAGAGAUGCUGGUGUGCACGGCUUCCUGUGGCUGCUGGCCUGGUUCCUGGCUGCUGGACAUCUUCCUUAGAGCCAUGGAGGGUGUGUGAACAGGAGUCCAGAUCUGAGCUGCAGGAAGAAAAUUCCCCCAGGCCAGCCUGAAAGAUUAAACUAACCAGGACAAAUUCACGACGCAGGAGUUUUCCAGAUUACGAAGAGCUGGGACUCAAGGACAUCCGGGCUGCACGCCAAGAGAAGUCUUGGCUGCCGGCGCCGAGAAGCUGCCAGCCUGCUGCAUGCCAGCUGCCCGUCUCCAAUGAAGGCAGCUGAAAAGGCCAGCAGCCAGUUUCCCGGACUGCUGCCAAAGUCGUCACUAUCACUCUGGGGCGCCCUCUACCAGUGGCCGAGGCGAAGAACUACAACUCCCAGAAGAUCAGGGGGAUGGAAUGUCAUACGCACGCGCAGGAGUCUACACUCGUACACCAUCUCCUGGUCAUUUUAGAGAACUACACGCCACUGACGACAAACAUUCCCCCCGCCCCCGCCAUUGUCACCUGCAGGAGUAGAACUACAACUCCCGGAAUGCCCCCGCGGCAACACGUGGAACUACAUUUCCCAGAAGGCAUUGUCAAGGAGCCCGGCGUGAAGGAACUGGGGUCGACCCGGACGACCCGGCCAGUGACCGGCCACUGGACAUGGCUUUCCUAGCCCGGUGUUUUGGGUACCAGGCCUGCAGAUCGGUGGCCCUACUGAGUGGCAGGUAUCUCCAGUCCAGGGUCUGGAUGGGGCUCCCGGACGCCUGGCCCCUCCUUUCCCUGCAGCCGGCCCGGGGCCGCGCGCGCGGAAACGAGUAUCAGCCGAGCAACAUCAAGCGCAAGCACAAGCACGGCUGGGUCCGCCGGCUGAGCACGCCUGCCGGCGUGCAAGUCAUCCUCCGUCGCAUGCAGAAGGGCCGCAAGUCCCUGAGCCACUGAGGAGCGCCACGCCGCGGGGAGUAGACUCAGUCGCCGGUAGAGUUGCCCGAGGGCGAGACGUUGGGGCGAGCUGAAAGUGGGAGUCUGUCCCUUCGCAGGUUUUUAGACUCAUCCCACGUCGACGGCUGCUUACGGACCACCAGCACCUGCGAUAUCUCAUCCGUUUCUGUGCUAUAUUUGAAAGCUUCUUUGCAAGACAGGCUCAUUAAAACACUGAUACCACUCCCAGCCAUUCCAAAGUAUUACCAACUUGAUAAUAAAUAUUCAGGUUUCUUGUA